UUUACCUGACGCCUCCAACUCGGAAGAACGCACUUUAACCUCCCAGGACGCAUCGCCAAACCAUCUCUCGCCAUGUCCAUUGUAGCCAGUCGCAGUAGUAGCCGUUAGAUACAGCUCACUUAGCGGUGUCGGUUCGAGUGGCCUCAGUUUGUACGAAACGGGAUGCAGUUUUCCAAAGGUUUGGGAGGCGGUAGGCACCGCAUGAGCGUGUCCUCUGUUGGGAGCAGUCGCGCGCCGAGUGUAUAUGGAGGUGCCGGGGGAUACGGCACCCGUAUCUCUCAGUCCUAUUUCUCCAUGGACGGGCCAGGCCAGAUCACUAUCGGCGCCAACGAGAAGAAUACCAUGCAGAAUCUGAACGACCGUUUGGCCACCUACCUGGAAAAGGUACGCUCUCUAGAGGCAGCUAAUAGUAAGUUGGAGCUGCAGAUCAAGGAGUUCUACGAGAUGAGAUCACCGACUCACAAGAAGGACCUCAGUGGGUUCCAUACCACCAUCUCAGACAUCCUCAACCAGAUCCAAGCCAGGUCUGUGGAGAACUCUCAGAUGAUCCUGCUGGUGGAUAAUGCCAGACUUGCAGCUGAGGACUUCAAGAUGAAGUUAGAGACGGAGGCUAACAUGCGUAUGAAGAUAGAAGGGGAUGUGGCUCGUCUGAGAGGAGUCCUGUACAGCUUUACACUCACCAAAGCAGAACUGGAGAUACAGAUUGAGGGGCUGAAGGAGGAGCUGGUCUACCACAGGAAGAACCACGAGGAGGAGAUGCAUUUGAUGCGGACGCAGCAUUGUGGUGCUGUGAAUGUGGAGAUGGACUGUGCUUCCUCAGUGGACAUGAGCAAGGUGCUGGAGGAGAUGAGAACCCAGUAUAAGGGCAUGAUAACGAAGAACCAGAGAGAUGCUGCCAAGUGGUUUGAGAGCAAGGUGGAGGUGCUUCAGAACCAGAUCACCACCAGCACCACAGAGGUGAAGAACUCUCAGUCUCAGGUGACCGACCUGAAGAGAACCUUCCAGAGCCUGGAGAUUGAACUACAUGGCCUGCUCACUCAGAAGGGGUACCUGGAGCAGAGCGUCGUUGAUAUAAACGGCCGCCACGGCUCCCAGCUGAGCCAGCUGCAGGUUUGUAUCAACAGCAUGGAGGAGGAGCUGCAGCAGCUCAACGUCAGCAUCCAGCAGCAGGCCUCUGAGUACCAGAUCCUCCUGGACAUCAAGAUGAGGCUGGAGAUGGAGAUCGCUGAGUACAGGAGGCUGCUGGAUGGAGAGGGACUCAGUAGGCAUUUGGACACCAGACAGGAGGUCAGGAAGGUGAUCGUGGUCGAGAAGAUCCAGGAAAUACAACAAGUCCAGGAAGUGGUGGAAGAGUAUCAUCCACACAUGCAGAAGCGGGUGAGGGUGAUCGUGGAGGAGAUGGUGGAUGGGAAGGUGGUGUCCACCUCAGUAGAUGAGAAGGUCCAGGAUAUGAACUAACUGAGAAGGCCAGAUAGUUCCGGAAUCUGGUGAAGCGGUAACGGACCACCCAUACCCCUGGACCACACAUACAACUGAUGACGGGGGUUCAAGCCUCAUCUAUAUAUACAGUUGAAGUCGGACGUUUACAUAUACCUUAGCCAAAUACAUUUAAACUCAGUUUUUCAUAAUUCCUGACAUUUAAUCCUAGUAAAAAUUCCCUUUCUUAGGUCAGUUAAAAUUACCACCUUAUUUUAAGAAUGUGAAAUGUCAGAAUAAUAGUAGAGAGAAUGAUUUAUUUCAGCUUUUAUUUCUUUCAUCACGUUCCCAGUGGGUCAGAAAUGUACAUGCACUCAAUUAGUAUUUGGUAGCAUUGCCUUUAAAUUGUUUAACUUGGGUCAAACAUUUCGGGUAGCCUUCCACAAGCUUCCCACAAUAAGUUGGGUGAAUUUUGGCCCAUUCCUCCUGAAAGAGCUGGUGUAACUGAGUCAGGUUUGUUGGCCUCCUUGCUCGCACACGCUUUUUCAGUUCUGCCCACAAAUUUUCUAUGGGAUUGAGGUCAUGGCUUUGUGAUGGCCACUCCAAUACCUUGACUUUGUUGUCCUUGCCACAACUUUGGAAGUAUGCGUGGGGUCAUUGGGGCAGCAGGGUACCUUAGUGGUUAGAGUGUUGGACUAGUUACCGGAAGGUUGCAAGUUCAAAUCCCCGAGCUGACAAUGUACAAAUCUGUCGUUCUGCCCCUGAACAGGCAGUUAACACACUGUUCCUAGGCCGUCAUUAAAAAUAAGAAUUUGUUCUUAACUGACUUGCCUAGUUAAAUAAAUAACUAUAACAAUGUCUAUUUGGAAGACCCAUUUGCGACCAAGCUUUAACUUCCUGACUGAAGUCUUGAGAUGUUGCUUCAAUAUACCCACAUCAUUUUCCUCCCUCAUGAUGCCAUCUAUUUUGUGAAGUGCACCAGUCCCUCCUGCAGCAAAGCACCCCCACAACAUGAUGCUGCCACCCCCGUGCUUCACGGUUGGGAUGGUGUUCUUUGGCUGGCAAGCCUCCCCCUUUUCCUCCAAACAUACAGAGAUGGUUGCUAUGGCCAAACAGCUCUAUUUUUGUUUUAUCAGACCAGAGGACAUUUCUCCCAAAAGUACAAUCUUUGUCCCCAUGUGCAGUUGCAAACCAUAGUCUGGCUUUUUUUAUGGCGGUUUUGGAGCAGUGACUUCUUCCUUGCUGAGAGGCCUUUCAGUUUAUGUCGAUAUAGGACUUGUUGACUGUGGUUAUAGAUACUUUUGUACCUGUUUCCUCCAGAAUUUCCACAAGGUCCUGUGCUGUUCUGGGAUUGAUUUGCACUUUUUCCACCAAAGUAUGUUAAUCUCUAGGAGACAGAACGCUUCUCCUUCCUGAGCGGUGUGGCGGCUGUGUGGUCCCAUGGUGUUUAUACUUGCGUACUACUGUUUGUACAGAUGAACGUGGUACCUUCAGGCGUUUGGAGAUUGUUCCCAAGGAUGAACCAGACUUCUGGAGGUCAACCAUUUUCGAGGUCUUGGCUGAUUUAUUUAGAUUUUCCCAUGAUGUCAAGCAAAGAGGCACUGAGUUUGAAGGUGGGCCUUAAAAUACAUCUACCGGUACACCUCCAAUUGACUCAAAUUAUGUCAAUUAGCCUAUCAGAAGCUUCUAAAACCAUGACAUGCAUCUUUGGAACUUUCCAGGCUGUUUAAAGGCACAGUCAACUUAGUGUAUGUAAACUUCUGACCCACUGGAAUUGUGAUACAGUGAAUUAUAAGUUAAAUAAUGUAUCUUUAAACAAUUGUUGGAAAAAUUAGUUCAUAUAGAAGGUAGAUGUCUUAACCGACUUGCCAAAACUAUAGUUUGUUAACAAGAAAUGUGUGGAGUGGUUGAAAAACGAGUUGUAAUGACUCCAACCUAAGUGUAUGCAAAUUUCUGACUUCAACUGUAUAUGUAUGCAAAUAUAUUUCAUGGUCGCAUACUGUAAUAUGUCCCUUUUGACAGGAUUUAAUCAGCUGAAUGAUAACUGAUGUAAUUUACUCAUGUUACCUAAUAACUCUUAUAUGGCUAUAUCAUAUGGCCAAUUGAAUAUUAUUUCUAGAAUGUGUUUUUCCCAUUGUUCCAUUCAUUGCCACCAGGUGGCAUUUAUCUCAUUUAAAUAUCUUUGGGUAGCCCAAUUAAAAGUGAAAAUGAUCUCAUUUGAGUAAAUUGAAAACAGAUUGGUACAGUUACAUAAGUGACAUCAGGGAAAAUACAAUUUGCUUCAUCAGCUAUUAUAAAGGUAUUUUAGCUCCAUGGUAUACUCCCAGGACCACAAGCCAUAAAUGUUCUCUGUACUCUAAGACAGGUUUAAAAUUCAUGUUCUGUAGACCUAUGACACUGACGCUACAUGAUACAUUUGGCUGUGGAUUAAAUCUAGAUGUCAAUGCAUUUCAGGGCACUAUCAUAAUUUAGGGUCCAUUGCUGUCCUCUAAAAAGUUUAAAAGAAACACCUUUGCAGAUUGUAUCAGGCCAACACACAUACUGUACCAUACAUUAUAUGAGCAUAACACUCAUGGGAGUUUCACUUACUCAAACAUGUUCUCAGAGCAGAACGGAUUAUGAUUGGUCGCAUCAGGCACCCAAUGAAAAUGGAGAGGACAUCACAACAACGUGAGCCCAAAAAUGUCUUAUGCUGCUUCAUAAAUUACGUAGGAUGCCAGAGAGAUAUGUAUCCCGUAGCUAAGAAGGUAAUACUAGGUGUAUGUGUAGUAAGCUAAUAUUAACUAGAAAAACUCAUUUUAGGACUCAUUUUUUACAUGUAGUAUUUAAUCAAUACUUUCGACUAACUGGAAACAGGACAUUAAUGCACAAAAUGAAGAACUUGCUAUAUUCAAAUGAACUUGUUUUGCUUAUUUGCUGAUCGCUCCUGCAAAAUUGCGUGUCUUUGUGAGACGCAGAGUAGGUGAACGGAUGAUAUCCGCAUGUGUGGUUCCCACCAUGAAGCAUGGAGGAGGAGGUGUGAUGGUGUGGGGGUUCUUUGCUGGUGACACUGUCAGUGAUUUAUUUAGAAGUCAAGUCACACUUAACCAGCAUGGCUACCACAGCAUUCUGAGGUGAUACGCCAUCCCAUCUGGUUUGCGCUUAGUGGGACUAUUGUUUGUUUUUUAACAGCACAAUGACCCAACACACCUCCAGGCUCUAUAAGGGCUAUUUGACCAAGAAGGAGAGGGAUGGCAUGCUGUAUCAGAUAACCUGGCCUCCACAAUGACCUUAUCUCAACCCAAUUGAGAUGGUUUGGGAUGAGUUGGACUGCAGAGUGAAGGAAAAGCAGCCAACAAGUACUCAGCAUAUAUGGGUACUCCUUCAAGGAUUUUGGAAAAACAUCCCAGAUGAAGCUGGUUCAGAGAAUGCCAAGAUUGUGCAAAGCUGUCAAGGCAAAGGGUGGCUACUUUGAAUAAUCUAAAAUAUAUUUAAUUUGUUUAACAAUUGUUUGGAUACUACAGUACAUGAUUCCAUAUGUGUUAUUUCAUAGUCUUGAUGUCUUCACUAUUAUUCUACAAUGUAGAAAAUAGUCAAAUUAAAGAAAAAACCCUGAAUGAGUUGGUGUGUCCAAACUUUUGACAGGUACUGUAAGUAUUCACACCCCUGAGUUUGUCACGACUUCCGCCGAAGUUGGUGCCUCUCCUUGUUCAGUCGUCGUCACUGGCUUUCUAGCUGCCACCGAUCUACGUUUCUUUUUCCAUUUGUUUUGUCUUGAUUGUACACACCUGGUUCCCAUUAAGUUAUAAUUAUUUCCCUAUUUAACCCUCUGGUUCCCAUGAUGAUUUGUGCGUGAUUGUUCCUUGUCUUGUGUUUUCAGUCCUCUGUGUUAUGGUGUGUUUUCCCUGCGUGGAAGUUAUGGUUGAUUACUUUCCGAGUAAAGUAUGUUAUUUUACUAAGUUCAGUGUCCUGCGCCUGACUCUGUACUCACCUCUGCAUACUGAUACAUGACAGAGUCAAUAGUUUGUAGAAGCACCUUUGGCAGUGAUUACAGCUGUGAGUCUCUAAGAUCUUUCUACUCCUCGAUUGUGCAAUAUUUGCCCAUUAUUCUUUUCAGAAUUCUUCAAGCUCUGUCAAAUUGGUUAUUGAUCAACUCCAGUGUAUAUUUGGCCUUGUGUUUUAGGUUAUUUUCCUGCUGAAAGGUGAAUUUGUCUCCCAGUGUCUGUUGAAAAACAGACUUAACCAGGUUUUCCUUUAGGAUUUCGCCCAUGCUUAGCUCGUUUCCGUUCAUUUUGAUCACACAAAACUCCCAGUCCUUGUCGAUGACAAGCAUACCCAUAAAGUUUAUGCAGCCACCACAAUGCUUGAAAAUAUGAAGAGUGGUACUCAGUGAUGUGUUGUGUUUGCUUUGCCUCAAUCAUAAUGCUUUCUAUUAAGGACAUAAGGUUCGUUGUAAGUUAACAAGCUAGCUUGCUAGUAAAUACUUUUGCUGCUCUAAGUGAAGUUUGAGUCAACUGGAUCUCUAAGAGCAGAACUGUCAGUACUAGCCAUCAACACAGUCAGUUCCACAUUCCUCUUUCCACAUUUGCCUUACAUGAUUUUAUUCCCUAUUAAUGAUGUAGUGUACUUGUGACCCAUGUGAAAUGCACUUAAAAUAAAACUUUAGUUACUAACAUGUCAUUAUAUCCUGACUGUAAAACAUUCAUUAUUGAGUUGGUGAGGAUCAGAUGAUAUAUGUUGGGUCGUCUUUUUUUCUCCUAGGCAUGUAACGAGCUGGGUCAGAUCUGCAUGUAGUCAGGUGUGAGUGAGCAUGCCAUGUUUGAACACGUCCGGCUCAUCAUAGAGAGGUUUUGUGCAGAUCUUGUGUAGUAGUAAUUCAGCAGUACUUUUUCAUGAGGGAGACCGCCUGCUUCGACUGUAUGUUACAACACACACUAACUCUAUAAGUAAUUGUUUUCUAAAUCUGACAAAGCCUGAGAGGAUCUGCAGAGAACAAUGGGAGUAGGAUUCAAUCUUAAUCCUGUAUUGAUGCUUUGCCUUUUUGAUGUUUCAUCUGCAGGCGUAGCGCAAUUUCUUAUAAGCUUUCCGGAUUAGUGUCCCGCUCAUUGAAAGUGGCAGCUCUAGCCUUUAGCUCGAUGUGGAUGCUGCCUGUAAUCCAUGGCUUCUGGUUAGGAUAUGUACGUGUGGUCACUGUGGGGAUGACGUCGUCAAUGCACUUAUUGAUGAAGCCGACGACUGAGGUGGUAUUUGGAUGAAUCCCGGAACAUAUUCCAGUCUGUGCUAGCAAUGCAGUUUUGUAGCGUAGCAUCAGCGUCAUCUGACCACUUUGGUAUUGAGCUAGUCACUGAUACUUCAUGCUUUAGUUUUUGCUUGUAAGCAGGAAUCAGGAGGAUAUAAUUAUGGUCAGAUUUUCCAAAUAGAGGGAGAGAGAGAGCUUUGUAUGCGUCUGUGUGUGGAGUAAAGGUGGUCCAGAGUUGUUUUUUUGUUUUUUCUUCCUCUGGUUGCGCAUGUGACAUGCUGGUAGAAAUCUAUUAAAAUGAUUUAAGUUUGCCUGCAUUAAAGUCCCCUGCCAAUAGGAGCGUCGCUUCUGGAUUAGCCUUUUUUUGUUUGCUUUUGGCCUUAUACAGCUUGUUGAGUGCGGUCUUAGUGCCAGCAUCAGUUUGUGGUGGUAAAU